UUUUUUGAAGAUCUAUAAAGGCGUUAUAAUACAUUUUGAAAUAAAAAAGUAGAAAGCUCUCUUCCUUUUUUUUUAUCUUUCCUUUUAAACAAGUCAUCAAAGGCACGAGGCAAAAAAUAAAAAAAAAAUAUGCUCAGUAAACAAGAAGAAGCCUGGGCAGUUUAUGCAGCCAUCUUUUUAUUCUUUACAAUCAUUUUGACACUUCGAUGCCGAAACAAUGUAUUUUUGAUUCCAUUCGCUGUAUUUGGCUUCCUGGUGACUCUCGGAAGCAUUUUUCUUACUACUUAUCGCAAGGACUAUACCACAGCACUCGCAUCAGGCAAUAUGGCCGGUGCUUCAGAGGACCAUUACUGGAUAAGCAAGAGUCUUGUCCUUAGCUUCUUACCUGCUGCAUCUGUAUUGGUUUUUGGUGGUAUUAUGGAAGCUCAGUUGAUCUUUAUCCGUCAUAUUGCUGCUGCUAUCUAUAAUAGAGAUCAUUGGGGAAGUAUGUAUCUGCGUGAUCCUGAAAAGCAAAGACAACCUCCUAGAAAGAAGACACCCUCAUUAAGGCCUUGGAACUACUGGACAAGUCUGCUUCUCUUAGUCUUGUUUACAUUGAUUGCUCUCUGUUCCGUCCUGAUAGAAACUAUCAUUCCUGUCUCUGAGACCUCAAAGAACUUGUCUAUUGCUAUCUGCACUACUGUUCUUUGUGUGAUUGCCUGGUCUAACGUAAGUCUGAUUUGGUAUACAAGUUCUCUAUCUAUCAAGCACAUUCGUAUGAUACGACAAAACCGUGAUGACAUGUUGUUUCUGCGUAUUACUCCCAUCUUGUUCUCAAUUAGUUUAAUGGGUAUGGUUCUCUUGACCUGGCUCUACUUUGCAUCCGUCACAAUACCCUUACCUGCUUGGAUCCUUUUGGAAUCCCUUUUGGUCUAUUGUCCUUUGGCUGGCAUCUUGGUGAUGUGUAUCUAUACUGGUAAAAUCAAAAAGAUGGGAAGACAGUAUGGCGCUGAACCUGCACAAAGAAGCUUUAAUAACACUCCUCCUAAAUACGCGACUGUGGUGCCUGAAACCGAAUCUUCUUCAGAAGAUGAAAAGAAGGGAACAACUUCCCCUCCUCCUCCUGCUUAUCAACCAGAUCAAAGCCAUCAUUACCAUUAACCUUAUUUAAUAUUCUUUUAUCCCUCUUUCUUUGUAAAUAUAUAGUAAUAAAGCGAGUUUAUAGCUA